AUGGAUGAAGAGGCCCCAGCUAACCCUGGAGAACCAAAGGUUGCCAACCAGAAGGCAGGAUGGGAAAUGCACGUUAUCCUCAUACUGUGCCUGCUGCAAGCUGCCAAUGCAUUGAAGUGUCCGAGGCGGGUGUCCGGGGAGCCUGGGAAAGCUGUCACCAUCCAGUGCCAUUACACCCCCUCGUCCAUCAACAGGCACCAGAGGAAGUACUGGUGCCGCCUGAGCACCCUGACGUGGCUCUGCCACACCAUCGUGUCCACCAACCACUACACCCACCUUCGCUACAGUGGCCGGGUGGCUGUCGCAGACUUCCCGCACAGUGGCUUGUUUGUGGUGAGGCUGUCCCAGCUGUCCCCGGAAGAUGCGGGGUCCUACCGCUGUGGCAUCGGAAAUGGAAACAACAUGCUGUUUGUCAGCGUGGACCUGACCGUCUCUGCAGGUAUGGGCUGCACCAGCUCCAGCACCAGCGCCACGCCAGCUGCCAGUGAGCUCUUCAGGAGAUCCUUUGAAACAGCCUCUCCAGAGGCCAACACUUGGACCCCAGGCACCACUCAGACUAUAGAGAGACAGGGGACAGGAUGGGGCAGAGUUGCUCUGACUCCAGGAACCAGCAAAAGGACAGCUUCAGCUAAGGGAAUGCAGACCCCAGGAAUCCCUGGGGUUGUAGCUGCAGGGACAGGUAGCCAGGUAGAGAGUUCCGUCCGGGCUACCAUCCCUACUCCAGGGAGUCUGGUGUCAGCAAUCAGUGGCAUGUCUGGCACAACAGAGCGUGCUUGGCUGUGGGGCACCAGAAGCUCAGCAGCAAACAGAGCUAGGGCCAGCGAGGCAGGGAGAGAGACAACCACUGAGGCUGAUAAGCCGAGAGAGGAAGCAGAAAGGGUCAGAACAGUCCUGAAUGCAGACUGGGUGGUUAUAGGGACCAGCAGACCAUCAACCCUGGCCUCAGAAAAAUGGGUGUGGGAAACCCUCCAAGAAGCAAGAUUGAUUUCUAAGCCACACACCCUGGACUCCACUGAAGGAUCUGCAGCUGUGUGGACCUUGGAGCCCACCAGCAUAGAGAUGUCAUCUGCUGAAGGAAGCACUGAAGGGGACUUAGACAUCCCUGUUGAAGACAGUGGUCCCCGAAUAACACCAAGCCAGGACCUAGUAGCAGGACCCAAGGGCAAGGGGUCCUCCAUGAAGAGCGCUUCUCCAAAAGAGAAAAACAUCUCUUGGAUCCUAACUUCUGUCUCCACGGUGCUGUUCCCACUUGUGUUUGUGGCUCUUGUUCUAUUGCAAAGGAAGCUGCGGAGGAAGAGGACUUCUCAGGAGACAGAAAAGGCAGCAGGAGUCAUCUUGAUUCAGAUGACACAUUUCCUGGAGCUGAGCCUCCCGCCAGACCAGCGGCCCCACGUGGAGAGGAAGAUACUCCAGGAUGGCUCUCCUCCUUCCCAUGCCACCAUGACUGUCCCAGAGAGGGACCCUGGACCCUGA